AUAAAAGAAAACGAUUUUUUCUUAUAGAAAUGAGAAUCAUUGAAGAGAGAAGAAGCUUAUUGGUUCCAAUAGUGAUGGUGUUGUUCUUCUUCAACACUUGCCAUCUUCAGGUUAUGAGUUGCCCCAUGCAAACGACGAACUGUACAGAUCAAGACAGAAAAUUAUUAGAGUUUCCGUUGAAUUUGGAGUAUCUUGAAGCUGAGUUUUUCUUGUUCGGAGCAUUAGGGUUUGGUCUAGAUACAGUCGCACCAAAUUUAACGAUGGGAGGGCCAAGUCCUAUUGGAGCUCAGAUAGCUAAUCUCGAUCGUUUGACAAGAGAUAUUGUUUUGCAAUUUGCUUGGCAAGAGGUUGGCCACUUGAGGGCCAUCAAGAAAACGGUGAAAGGAUUUGCAAGGCCGCUUCUGGAUUUAAGUAAAAAAUCAUUUGCGAAAGUUAUGGAUGAUGCAUUCGGACGAAAAUUUGUGCCACCAUUUGAUCCUUAUGCCAAUUCUUACAAUUACCUCAUUGCUUCAUAUUUGGUCCCUUAUGUUGGUCUCACCGGCUACGUUGGCGCAAACCCGAAACUGCAUUGUCCCGCGUCAAGGAAGUUAGUAGCCGGACUUUUGGGAGUAGAAUCAGGCCAGGACGCGGUGAUAAGAACAAUGUUAUAUGCAAGGGCUAAACACAUAGUCCAUCCUUAUGGUGUCUCGGUUGCAGCUUUCACGGAUAGGAUAUCUGAUCUAAGGAACAAAUUGGGAAAAAGGGGUGUGAAAGACGAGGGGUUGGUUGUGCAUAAAGCCAUGGGUGCUGAGGAAAAUGUGGCUGGGAAUGUAUUAGUUGGGGAUAAGAUGUCGCUUGCGUUUGAUCGCACUCCGGAGGAAAUUCUACGGAUUGUGUAUGGAAGUGGAAAUGAGAGUAUCCCCGGUGGAUUUUACCCUAAAGGAGCUGAUGGAGAAAUUGCUAAAUCUUAUUUAGAUUAAUAAUUGUGUUGUUGGAAAUGAGGUUUAGCUUUAGCUGGAGUUUAAUUUCCUUUGUAGUUGUUAGGCUUUUGGGGUUUUUAGGGACUUGAGCAAAAUAAUUUUCGUAUUUAUGUAAUAAAUGAUAUGAGGGAUGAAUUUUCGCAUUAAACAAUUUAAUAAGUAACGGU